AUGGCUGCGCCGCUUCAUCCCACCGGCAGCGCGGCUAUUCGCCGGGUUCUGGGGCCCUUGCCUCGCCGAUCGCUUGCCCAGCCCGUCUUGCGGCGCCAUACGCCCACGAACAGAACUAUCGCCCAGCUUCGUCGCGCGACGUCACCGAUCCGGAGGGCUGGUCCCGCCCAACAACAACGCCCUGCCGCGCUGGUCCACGUCCGCGCCCUCUCCGGCAAGCCGUUGCCGCAGCGAGAAUCAUGGACGCUCAACUUUUGCUACAGGAUGAUGGCGUGGCUAGGCACGUCCUUUGCCGUCGGCGGACUUCUCGUGACCGCCUUCUUCGUCUACGACGCGACCACGUACAAGGAGGGCGCGGAUACCGGCGACAUCACCGUCGGCCAGCUCGCGCUGCAGCCGCGCCGCGGCGGACCCAAAAACCUGCCCAUCGCCGACGUCCUCAUUGAUGACAAUGACAGCAACGGCAAGAGCGAGAACCAGGACAAGCCCAAGCUCGUCAUCCUCGGAGGCGGAUGGGGCGGCGUCGCUUUGCUCAAGGAGCUCAACGCCGACGACUAUCAUGUCACCGUCAUAUCGCCCACUAACUACUUCCUGUUUACACCCAUGCUGCCCUCCGCGACUGUGGGAACGCUCGAGUCGCGAUCCCUGGUCGAGCCGAUCCGCCGCAUCCUGGGUCGCAUCCACGGCCAUUUCAUCCGAGCCAGCGCCGAAGACGUAUGCUUUCAUGAAAAGCUGGUCGAAGUGUCGCAAACGGAUCUCGAUGGCAAAAAGACUUACUUCUACGUCCCCUACGACAAACUGGUUAUUGCUGUUGGCUCCGUCACCAACUCCCACGGUGUCAAGGGUCUCGAGAAUGCCUUCUUCCUCAAAGAUAUCAACGAUGCUCGGAUGAUCCGGAACAAGAUUAUUCACAACCUUGAGCUCGCCUGUCUACCUACCACGUCGGAUACAGAGCGCCGCCGUCUUCUCUCCUUUUGCGUCAGUGGUGGUGGCCCUACCGGCGUCGAGUUUGCUGCCGAGCUCUACGACCUGUUGAACGAGGACCUGACCCGAAACUUUCCCCGUCUCCUGCGCAACGAAAUCUCCGUCCACCUAAUUCAAAGCCGCAGCCAUAUUCUCAACACCUACGACGAGGAGGUCUCCAAAUAUGCUGAAAAACGCUUCGCCCGCGACCACGUUGACGUACUGACCAACUCCCGCGUGCAAGCUGUCCACCCGGACAAGAUUGUCUUUUCGCAGAAGCAGCCCGACGGCAGCGUCGUGACCAAGGAGCUUCCCAUCGGCUUCUGCCUCUGGUCCACCGGCGUAUCCCAGACGGAGUUUGCGCAAAAGAUUGCCAAGACGCUCGGCGACUUCCAGACCAACCGACGCGCGCUCGAGACCGACACCCACCUACGCCUCAAGGGCUCCCCCCUCGGGGACGUCUACGCCAUCGGCGACUGUUCGACCGUGCAGAACAACGUCGCGGACCACAUCAUCAACGUGCUGCGCAGCAUCGCCUACAAGAAUGGCAAGGACCCGGAGACGCUGCACCUGCACUUCAGCGACUGGCGCAAGGUCGCCACCGAGGUCAAGCAGCGCUUUCCGCAGGCCGUGUCGCAUCUGCGGCGCCUCGACAAGCUCUUCGCCGAGUUCGACAAGGACCACUCGGGCACGCUCGACCUUGGCGAGCUCCGCGAGCUGCUCGCCCAGAUCGACAGCAAGCUCACCUCGCUCCCGGCCACUGCGCAGCGCGCCCACCAGCAAGGCAACUACCUCAGCCGCAAGCUCAACAAGAUGGCGCACCUCUCGCGCGGGCUCGAGGUCAACGACGUCCGCGACGGCGACCUCGACGCCGCCGCGUUCAAAGCGUUCGAGUACCGCCACCUCGGCAGCUUGGCGUACGUCGGCAACUCGGCCGUCUUCGACCUCGGCGACGGCUGGAGCUUCACCGGUGGCCUCUGGGCCGUGUACGCCUGGCGCUCUGUCUACUUUGCGCAGAGCGUCAGCUUCCGCACGAGAUGCCUCAUGGCCAUGGAUUGGGCCAAGAGGGGGCUGUUUGGCAGAGAUCUUAUGAGCUUUUAG